AUGAGUGCACAGCUUACACAAUUCGAAGAGGAGAGGAAGGCCUACCAGGAACAGCUGGACAUUGUCUCCACAUCCCUCAACGAUGACCCCGAAAAUGCCGAGCUGCUCGCCCUCAGGGCUGAGCUGGAGGAGAUGAUCAAUAUGAUCAACGAGUCCAUCGCCGACAUCCAGCCGAAACGAGCUGCAGCAGCACCUGCAGCAGCCGUCCCGAGCAAGGCUCCCAGACCGGCAGAGACCGCGCCCGAGAAGUGGUCACGCGAGAAUCACCCAGCCUUCAAAAAGGCCGCACAGGAGGAGAAGGACAGGCAAGAAGCAGCUGCGGCCGCAGCAGCAGAGUCGGCUAUCCCCAUCUCCUACCAGGUCAAUGAUACAGUUCUUGCUAAGUGGGUCUCGGGUGACAAGGGAUUCUACCCAGCACGCAUCACCGCCGUCACCGGCUCCUCCACACAGCCCAUUUAUACCGUCAAGUUCAAGAGCUACGAUACGAGCGAGACCCUGCGCGCAAACAACAUCCGCCCAAUCAGCAACAAGCGCAAGGCAGAUGGCAGCAACCCGACUGCAGGCCCUUCGGCCGCAAGCGGCAGCGUAAACAGCCCGACCACGUCUGGAGCAACGACACCGGGCGGAUCAACGAGUGUAAACAACGGGAUUGUCCUUACGUCCGCCCCAAGUGUGUACCCACAGGCCGACAAGAACGCCGCUGCUGAUGGAGAGAAGCCGGUCAAGAAGUUUAAGAAGAUCAAGGCGAACAAGGAGCUUGAGAAAGGCAAGAGCAAGUGGCAAGACUUCAACGCCAAGUCCAAGUUCGGAAAAACACAAAAGAAGGACAGCAUGUUCCGCACACCUGACGGCGUUCACGGUCGAGUCGGGUUCACCGGGUCUGGCCAGACCAUGCGCAAGGAUCCCACUCGAAGUCGUCAUGUUUACCAACCAAAUGAGGACAUUGACUAA